AUGGCUACGUUGCAUUGCAUAAUAUUUUUGUUCUCAAUUCUAUAUGGGACCGUAACGGUUACAGGUAGAUGCACUAUCCCUGACUAUUUCCAUGGAGACUGGUACAGUCAGGAAUCGGGAAAUGACAUCAGGACAGAGAUUACUGCCGACAAAUGGGACAGCAAUGAGUAUGCAGCAGAGUUAAAUUGUGAGAAUUUGUUCAUCCAUCCCAACCCAAGGUCUAAGCAGGCUGGCAACAAUGUCACAAUGUUUAUGGUGAGCAGUGGUGGUUUGGGAAGAUGUUAUUUUUGUGUAGAUGUCUUAUGGAGAACAAGCAACAUUUUACAAUACCGGAUUGGUGACUGUAUACCUGCUCAUGUAGGGUAUGCUAUUUCUCUGAAUAUCUCCUGUAAAGCUAUGAAUCCUUUGUAUGGCCUUCCCAGCACUGAAGACACUGUCACAAUGUUUAGACAACUUCCACAACCAGUUAACUGCGAAGUUAUGUUUAAAGGACUGUAUCAGUUCUCGUAUGAGUUGAGUGAAUGGGGUGGUGGUGUCUGUGACAAUCCUGACAAUCAAAUCAAAGCCUGUCAAGAGCCAGGAUCCCCAUACAUAAACAACGAGGUCUUCUUUAUGACAUAUGCUAGAUGUCCCAAUGCACUGGCGUCAAAAGAUGAAAAGUUGAGAUACCAGUGUAUGGGCACAUGGGAUGUUGAACGGAAUGGAAUUGUUUACACGUUUGCUGCCAUUGCAGACAUUCUAAUGAAUGACUCUAGAGAUAAAUUCAAGUGUCUGAUGACGACAAGGUCCCAACAAGGAGACAAGAAACGGUGGGUGAUGUCUCGUUUUGCUUCCUGCGCAAAUUUAAAUAGUAUUUUCAGUGCGCCAGUCAGAUUAGUGCUAACAAGUAUUCCUCCUUCAACUGAGACUAUAGUCCCUCGCUGUAGACUCCCAAGCGAUAUCGCAGGUAAAUGGGAAACCAAAGGGCCUGGAUUCAAAUUUGAUGUAGUCAUAAAUGAAACAAAUAUCCGUUUCCAAACUGAACCUAAUGCAAUUGAGUUCGUGGAUUCUACAUAUGCGUGCCAGAAAAGAUCUGGUACGAGGUACUUGAUGACACGAGCUAUGAAUGGAGAAUGCAAAGAAGUCUUUGUAUGCAUGGACAUUGUGCCACAAAAUAACAACACUGUUAUAUACAAAAUAGGUAAACCAGAACAAAUUCCAUGGGAUAUACCCCGAGGAGAAUUGAAUAUUACCAGAACGUUUACGAAUGCCUGUCACUGGUUCGAUCGUGUUGGUAUAAAGGGAAUCAGGGUUAUGAAAUCCUCAUUCCUAAAGUGAAUAUUAAUUGAUAUUUUCCAAAGAAAGGUACAUUAUAUUCUGAAGUACAUUUGAGUGUGCUCAUUGACCAACCAAAACAUGGAAUAAAUGCUGUAAGAGUA